UAACAUAACACACACAAACACACUUUACAUGACAUGACACUCAACAUCUUUGCCCCCUUCACCUUUUUUCCCCUCCACCUUUCCAUCGCUCAUCAUCUGCUGGCGAGUCCGGUGCCCCUGAAACCAGGCAAGGCAUGGUAUGAUAGCGACCUGAAAACUUACCAAAAAGAUCGCCAAGAUGGCGGCGAACUUCAGAGACGUUUCGAAGACCCAUCUCGCCAAACGUUGACCGAGUCUGCCGAAUUCUUCACCAAGAAGGCCGUCGUCGAAACGGAAACGGAAUGGCAACGUCAGGUCAAGAACAAGAAGAACGACGACUACUACAAGAGUCUCAAACAGCUGGAAGAGAACGUCGUGCACAAGGAAGUGAAAUUCCGCGAAGCCUCGCACCAGUUCGCCAUUCCCGGCGAGAAGAUUGUCAAGAGUUCCAUGGCCAAGGGCAUGGCCCAGAGCUACGAAACCAAAUUGGAUCAUUCGACGGAGACGGACCAGAUGACGACGGUCAUCAGCCGGCAAUCGGUGGAGCGCCAAACGGCCACGAGUCGCAAGACGAGCGAAGCGCACCGUUCCGAAGUGCACAUCGAUUCGGACCGCGGAGGUUUGCCACCCGACCCGUUUGAAUCGUCUGUUCACGGACGCGAGGUGCACGUUGCCAAGCAGAAACAAACUCAAAAGGAAACCAAAGGACAACUGGAAAUUACCCGCAAGAUCACGGCCACUGAAACGACGGAAGUGGAACACAAAGGUCGCACCCACGAGCGUGUCGUCCAGGGACAAGUGAAGCCGGCCGUCCCGCCUUUCUUCACUAAAAAGAUCCAGCCUUGCCGCGUCUUCGAGCAUGAAAGCGCCCGUUUCGAGGUGGAAUUCGAAGGCGAUCCCAAUCCGACCGUCACUUGGUUCCGAGAGGAUUUCCCCAUCAAGAACUCGUCCGAGUUCCAGAUCCACAAUCUCGGCUCCAAGUCCGUCCUGGUCAUCCGCCAGGUCUUUAUGGAGGAUUCGGGCAUUUUCGCGGCCGUCGCCGAGAACCGUGGCGGAGCGGCCAAGUGCAGCGCCAACCUGGUGGUCGAAGAGCGACGGGCCAGCCGUGGAGGACUCGUACCGCCUUCUUUCCUCACCACCAUCCAGGACACGAGCGUCAAGGCCGGCCAGCUGAUCCGCUUCGACGCCAAAAUUACCGGCACGAUGCCCAUGGACAUUUACUGGUUGAAGAACGGACGGAAAAUCUCGUCCGACAUCCGCUACAAGAUCCUGGACGAGGACGACGUCCACACGCUCAUCAUCAUCGAGACGCUGCCGGAAGAUUCGGGCGUCUACGAGUGCGUGGCCAUCAAUUCGGCCGGCGAGGGAAGAUGCGAGGCCCAGUGCUACGUCGAAAUGGCCCAAGUGGUCAAGUCCGGCGGAUCAUCGCCCGAGGCUAAAGGCUCUUCGAAAUCAUCGACGUCUGCCCCGCGUUUCGCUUUGGCCAUGAAAGAGCAGAACGUGCCAGAGGGUCAAGCGGCCGUUUUCCGGUGUCGCGUCGCCGGCCACCCGGCCCCGCAAGUCACUUGGGAAAAGGACGGCCAGCAGAUCAAGCCUUCGCGCUAUUUCAUCAUGUCGCAGGAGGGCAGCGACACGCACGUCUUGCGCAUCUCUGAAGCCUUCCCCGAAGACGAGGGAUCGUACCGAUGCGUCGUGACAAACCCAUCCGGCCGUGCGGAAUGCUCUGCCAGCCUCCACGUCAUCGCUCCCGAUUCUGGGGAUGUUCCACCAUCGUUGACUAACCUGGAAGAUGUCAACGUCGUUGAAGGUAGCCCCGUGCAAUUCCGCACUUUGGUUAGUGGCACUCCGCUACCGACCAUCCAAUGGAUGCGCGAGGGUCAAAUCAUCCCACCUUCAAGCGACUUUCAGAUGAUCCAGGAAGGCAAUCACGCCGUUCUGUUGAUCAAAACCACCUAUCCGGAGGAUUCGGGCGUCUACACGUGUCGCGCCACCAACCCGGCCAGUCAAGUGGAAUCGUCUGCGUACCUGACCGUGCACAGUAAGCCCUAAAAAAAAACCACACACAAACAAAACGAAACAAACAUCUCCCAUAACACACGCACGCAUUGAUUGUUCUGAACUCUUUCAUUUUUUUUUUUUCGUCCUUCGUUAACGCGGACGAGCAUUAAAGAGUGCAGCUGGUGUGUUUUUAGUAAUGGGGAAGUUUAAAUGUGCCACAAGAAAGGAUUUUGUUUUGUUUUGUUUUUAUUUUUAUUCAAAUUUCCCGCUACUACGCUGAACCGGCCACAAUUAUCAAAAACGGAAAAAAUUCAAAAAAAAAAAAUGCAGCUUAUUUUUAUGAUAAACCCAAACAAAAGACAAAGAGUUUUGUGUCAAAUUUACAAAUUAACCUUUUGAUUUAGUCUAGAUUUUUAUUAACUCGUUACACAAUUUGAUUUUUUAUCAGUUUUUUUCGUUGAAUUAUCUCUCCCUCAUGAUAUACGACGUUUUUAUGACACUCUUUUCUCUCUCUCUCGUCGUAUUUUUUUUUUAAUUAUUAUUUUGCAUUGUCAGCCCAGCUAACACAAAAUCCUUAAUUAAAAAAAGAAACUGGACAGAGGUUGAAUGGAAAACAAGAGGACAAAGAGUCUUUUAAGGAGGUGGGCCGAAUCGCUGCAUAAUUAAACGUGUGUGUGUUGUUGUUCCAGUCAAAAAAAAAAUAUCCAGUGAGAGAGAGAGAGAGAGGAGAGAGAAAAAAAAAAGUUGAAAGGCCACAAAUACUCGUCCUCCUCUUGUUUUCACUUCCGUUUGUCCAUUUUCAACGCCCCCUCAAAUAAUUCAAUGUGUCUUAUUAUAUUGGCCACUGUUCACUAACUGCAGUUUUUUAUUGACUCGGCUUUUUUAUUCCACACUUUUUUUGGAUCUUUUGUAGUGAGAGCAUCAAACAAAACCCAACUCCCCCCCUACCCUUUUUUGAAGUGCCUUUUGAAAUUUACAAUUAUUUUCCUACUCAUUCUUUUGGAAGGUGAUCGCAGCUUUUUUAUAUUUGGAACAAAAAAAUCCUUUGAUAUAAUCACAAACGCCAUAUUUGAUGUAGAGCAAAAAAAAAGGCUUUUCUUAUUUCUUAUUGUCGUUGUCGUGCCACACCCAAACGCUCUUUUGAAUGAAUUUUUAUUUCAUAUGUCGGCCUUUUUUAUUUUUAAUUUUUCGAAUUUUAAAUGGCUCUUCCGCCCUCGCCCAUCCCUUUUUUGCGCGCUGUCCCGCUCUCCCCCUGUCCGUUCUGCCUACUUUUAUUUUUCCCCCCUCUCAAACAAACAAACAAAAAAAUACAAGCAAGUUUCAAAACGAAA